AUAGCGGCAGGAGCGUCGCGCUCCUCUCAUCUCGUGAUCCUUCGCGGACGGGGGAAGAAUUCACUGUCGCUCGAGAGGAUUUCACACCCUCGUGAAAUCGGAGAGAGGAAUAUCGACGGGGAUUCGAUCCUGGUCACUUUUCUCUAGUCUCGAAGAAGAGACGAACGCUUGCAACUGUGGAGAUGCACUCGGAAUGUCACUAGUCUUUUGAUUUCAUUGAACUUCUGAGUCGUGAGAGACGAGAGUUGAGGGUGCAGAAAGGUCUUGCGUUUGGCGAGUGGAGUGGGUGAGGACAUUUCUUGACUUUGUUAGAAGCGAUCUGGUGUGGAAUUUGUGUGUGGUUGUACGAGGAUUGUCGAGGACGCUUUGGAUAGUCGAGGGAGGAGUCUGGUGAGACUGAGAGGCAGGCACGAUGGGUGAGCAAAAUGACGCAGAGAAGCGAGAUGGCGGGGAAGCUGGGGAGCAGCAGGAGAAGAGGCCCGCGUUUGCCAGCAACAGGAGGACUGGAUCGUCGUGGAACCGUGGGGGCAAUUCCUCUUGGAAUGUGGGUUCGAAGGAUCAGCGGCGAGCUCGCAGGCGGGCGGUAUCAAGCUCAGCUGGUACGCAGGAGGGUGAUAGCGAUUCCUCUAAUGACUCCGGUGCUUUCUCUGGCAGUGACGGAAAGAAGGGCGGUGGAGUGAAGCCUUCACUUGUCAGCGGUGAACCUCAAGUACAUGUGCAAAAAGGAAAAGAAGCGUUCGAGGUGGAGGGUUCUGUGGUUACAGAAGCUCAUCCUGAUGCACUCUACAAUAUAAUCACGGAUUAUGAGAAUAGUGCUAAGGUGUAUAGAACGGUGGACAAGGUGGAAGUCGAAGAACAAGGAUGUGAGAAAGUUGUGACUCAGCAUCUGCAUUGGAGUUUUCUCAUGUGGUCUGGAAAGUAUGAUGUGCGUAUGAGGAUGAAGCCUAACCCAGAGACUCGGUCAAUCUCAUACAACCUUGAUAAACAAGGGUUCUUGAAAAUCUUCAAUGGAUCUUGGACUGUCGAACCCAUUGCCGUCGAAGGAAAGCCGACGGUGUCUAAGCUUACCGUUCAGCAGGAAGUUCUGCCGUCCUUCAUGCCGCCUGGUCCUUUAGCGAGCGGUGCAGGAGCAUAUACUGCAAAAAUAAUGUCAGGCCAGGUCAAGAAUCUUCUGUCCGACGUCGCGAAAGAAGCUUCCGAAGUUACUAAAUCAGGAGCCUCAGCUGCCUAAGUUUUUAACUGUUUCCAAGAAUUUGAUAUGUACAUACCUGUGAUGCUCUGUAGAAUAUGGUCUCUCACAUUCUUGACAGAUUCAAUUUUAGCAACAUUAGUAGACAAUUCCGGUGGAUAUAUCUCCCGAGUGGUGGAAUCUUCACCGUCGUCGUGUGAGAUGAUAGGAAAUUACACACUGCAGACCACAGUUAGGAAUAGCGAUGUGAACAGAGGGACCCACUCAAAUGUACAUUUGAUCCUUGAUGGGGAGAAAAUCUAAAACGC